AGGAAGUUUGGAGCUCAGCCGUUUCGAUCGUUUGCCUAUGUCAUUCUUCCUCCAUCGUCAUCGUCCCCAAAAGCUACACACACAGAGAGGGAGAGAGCUUCAGAAAUGGCAGCUUUCAGAGCCUUCAGGAAACGAAUCGUUCCUUCCUUCAAGUCACGAAUUUUCGCUUCAUCCUUCAAUUCAAGAUCCAUUAGCACAUUGGUUUUAGCCGAACAUGAAGGUGGUAAUAUCAAACCCCAAUCAGUCAGCGCAGUGAAGGCUGCAAGUUCUUUGAGCGACGAAAACUCGAUUUCGUUGUUAUUAGCAGGCUCCGGCCCUGCCCUCCAUGAAGCGGCUGCGAAUGCUGCUUCGUGUGACCCGUCAGUUUCUCAGGUGCUUGUGGCUGAUUCUGAGAAAUUUAGUCAUCAUCUAGCAGAACCUUGGGCUAGACUGAUCCAUUUGGUUCAGCAGAAAGGCGGGUACUCACAUGUAAUCACUGCUUCGGGUUCAUUUGGGAAGAACAUACUGCCACGGGCUGCUGCGCUUUUAGAUGUUUCUCCAAUCACGGAUGUGAUUGAAAUUUCUGAUUCUCAUCUAUUUGUCAGGCCAAUAUAUGCCGGAAAUGCCCUUUGUACUGUUCGAUACACUGGUGCUGGCCCUUGUCUGCUGAGUAUUAGGUCAACAUCUUUUCCAGUGUCCCCCAUCUGGGCUGAUUCGAAAUCAAAUGAAGCUCCUAUCUCCCAGGUUGACCUCUCCACCUUUGGUGAAGAUUCUGUUGGUAAAUCUCGAUAUGUAAAGCACACAUCACAGGAUACAGAACGGCCUGAUCUUGGGAAUGCUCGUGUUGUGGUUACUGGGGGCCGUGCGUUGAAAAGUGCUGAAAACUUCAAAAUGAUAGAAAAACUUGCUGAGAAACUUGGUGCAGCUGUUGGAGCUACCCGUGCUGCUGUUGAUGCAGGAUAUGUUCCUAAUGAGCUGCAGGUUGGCCAAACUGGAAAGAUAGUUGCCCCGGAGUUGUACCUGGCUUUUGGUGUUUCAGGAGCCAUUCAACAUUUAGCAGGCAUGAGAGAUUCCAAGUACAUUGUUGCUGUGAACAAAGAUGCAGAUGCCCCAAUAUUUCAGGUUGCUGACUAUGGACUCGUAGGCGAUAUAUUUGAAGUUAUUCCGGAGUUGCUGGAGAAGCUUCCUGAGAAAAAAUAAACCCGAAACCUGCUCGUUUCAAGGAUCCAAAAGGUGCUGCAAAAUAGCUGAACAAUUGAAUAAUUGUAACAAUAUUCAAAACUGAUGGUCUAAAUUUGAAUAACACCAAAUUGAUAAUUCUUUUGGUGAAUACUCUUCUUCUUUUUUGUGACCAAAAGAGUUACUUAUUGGAAAGAAAAAAAAAAAGAGGCCAAAGGCGCCUGUGGAUUUCCCAUCUCAA